AUGUCCGGCCCUCCGUCGCGCAUCCGGUCCAUCCUCAACCAUCUCUUGCCCGCCGCGCCGCCUCCGGCGCAUAUCCACCACCUGUCGCCGACGAUUUUCCUGGAGCGCGCCGCUUCCAUUGAGCCCAAUGCUGACGCCGUCGUCCACAUCACCGCCAACGGCGUCAGCAUCCGCCGCUCUUACCAGCAGACGGCCGAUCGCGCCCGCGGUCUGGCCUAUCACCUCAAGAAGCACGGCCUGAAACGAGUCGGCAUCCUCGCCCCCAACACGCCCGCGUUUCUGGAGUCGCUGUACGGCAUCGUGGCAGCCGGCGGCGUCAUUGUUCCCGCAAACUACCGCCUCAAGCCCGAUGACAUUGCCUACGUCUUUGAGUUUGCCGAGGUGGACUCCAUCAUUGUGGACAAGGAGUUUGAGGAUCUUUUAAGUGCCUACAGAUCCAAGCACAGCAAAGUUCCAAUCAUUGUGGAUAAUGAUACCGACGUCAUUACCGGCCCGCAAGCAGGUCAAUACAACCAAGCUGUCAUGGAAGGUCUUGCCUACGAUGCCGAGCAAGGCGCAAAAGGCUGGGCUGGCCUUCACGCACACGCAGAAAAUGAAGAUGACAUGCUGGCCAUCCCCUUUACCUCUGGAACGACGUCCAAGCCCAAAGGCGUCGUCUAUACUCACCGGGGUGCCUACCUCGCCGCCGUCGCAAACAUCAUCGAGUCUGGUCUGAACCAGGGCCGCUGCAAAUACCUGUGGACGCUGCCCAUGUUUCAUGCUUGCGGAUGGACGUUUCCCUGGUCUGUUGUCGCGGUGCGAGGCGUCAAUGUCUGCUUGCGCAAGAUUGAUUAUCCCAUCAUCUGGCGGCUUCUCAAGGACGAGGGCGUCACUCACUUCAAUGCGGCCCCGACUGUCAACACGUUGUUGGUGGCUGCUAAGGAGGCCGCCAAGCUGCCGCAACCAGUUCGAGUAACUGUUGCGGCUAGUCCACCCACUGGCCACUUGUUUGAGCAAAUGACCGACCUGAACCUUAUACCUGUACAUGUUUACGGAAUGACUGAAACGUAUGGCCCAAUCACCAAGUGCUAUACGUUGCCUGAAUGGGACAAUCUUCCACCAGCAGAAAAGUACGCCAAGAUGGCACGUCAAGGGCACGGCUUCAUCACCAGCCUACCCAUCCGCAUCAUCAAGCCGGACCAGCCCGAGGACGUACUCAUCGACGUGGCCAAGGACGGCAAAGAAAUCGGCGAAAUUGUCUUUUUCGGCAACAUUUGCGCCAAGGAGUACUACAAGGACGCCGCCGCGACCAAGAAGCUCUUUGCCGGCGGCGCCCUUCACUCGGGCGACCUCGCCGUCUGGCACCCCGAUGGCAGCGCGCAGAUCCUCGACCGCGCCAAGGACAUCAUCAUCUCGGGCGGCGAGAACAUUUCCUCGGUGGCGCUCGAGAGCAUGCUGGUGCAGCAUCCCGACGUGCUCGAGUGCGGCGUCGUGGCCGUGCCCAGCGCGCAAUGGGGCGAGGUGCCCAAGGCGUACAUUACCGUCCGCGAGGGCAGGUCGAUGCAGGGCGCGGAUCUAAUUGCCUGGGCCCGCGGAAACGCCGCCAUUAGCCGCUUCAUGGUGCCCAAGGAGGUCGAGGUGGUGCCGGACCUGCCAAAGACGAGCACGGGCAAGAUUAAGAAGAAUGACUUGCGCGAGUGGGCGAGGAAUGGCCGCAAGUCUGAUUAG